CAAUCCCCAGGAAACAGAGAAGAUCAUAGCCGAGCUCAACGAGACCUGGGAGGAGAAGCUGCGGCGGACGGAAGCCAUCCGGAUGGAGAGGGAAGCCCUGCUGGCCGAGAUGGGCGUGGCCAUGAGGGAGGAUGGCGGCACCUUGGGCGUCUUCUCUCCCAAAAAGACCCCGCACCUCGUCAACCUGAACGAGGACCCGCUGAUGUCCGAGUGCCUCCUCUACUACAUCAAGGAUGGGAUCACCAGGGUGGGCAGGGAGGAUGGCGAGAGGCGGCAGGACAUCGUUCUGAGUGGUCACUUCAUCAAGGAGGAGCACUGCGUAUUCCGGAGCGACUCCAGGGGGGGCAGUGAAGCUGUGGUGACCUUGGAGCCCUGUGAGGGGGCAGACACCUACGUCAACGGCAAGAAAGUCACAGAGCCCAGCAUCCUGCGAUCAGGGAACCGCAUCAUCAUGGGCAAGAGCCACGUGUUCCGGUUCAACCACCCCGAGCAGGCCCGGCAGGAGCGAGAGCGCACGCCCUGCGCGGAGACGCCUGCCGAGCCCGUGGACUGGGCCUUUGCCCAGCGUGAGCUGCUGGAGAAGCAGGGCAUCGACAUGAAGCAGGAGAUGGAGCAGAGGCUCCAGGAACUGGAGGACCAGUACCGCCGUGAGCGGGAGGAGGCCACCUACCUGCUGGAGCAGCAGCGGCUGGACUAUGAGAGCAAACUGGAGGCCCUGCAGAAGCAGAUGGACUCCAGGUACUACCCGGAGGUGAAUGAGGAGGAGGAGGAGCCUGAGGAUGAAGUCCAGUGGACGGAGCGGGAGUGUGAGCUGGCGCUCUGGGCCUUCCGGAAGUGGAAGUGGUACCAGUUCACGUCUCUGCGGGACCUGCUGUGGGGCAAUGCCAUUUUCCUCAAGGAGGCCAACGCUAUCAGUGUGGAGCUGAAAAAGAAGGUUCAAUUUCAGUUUGUCCUCCUCACGGACACACUCUACUCCCCUCUGCCACCUGACCUGCUGCCCCCCGAGGCCGCCAAAGACCGAGAGACGAGGCCCUUUCCCCGAACCAUUGUGGCCGUGGAGGUCCAGGACCAGAAGAACGGGGCCACUCACUACUGGACGCUGGAGAAGCUCAGGCAGCGCCUGGACCUGAUGCGGGAGAUGUAUGACCGUGCUGCUGAGGUGCCCUCCAGCGUCAUUGAGGACUGUGACAACGUGGUGACCGGCGGAGACCCCUUCUACGACCGCUUCCCCUGGUUCCGGCUGGUGGGCAGUUCAGCCGUCUCUGGCUGCAACAGCUACCCUCUUCUCAACACAUGCAUGAGCGAGCGCAUGGCUGCUCUCACCCCCUCCCCCACCUUCUCGAGCCCCGACUCCGACGCCACCGAGCCUGCCGAGGAGCAGAGCGUGGGGGAGGAGGAGGAGGAGGAGGAGGAGGAGGAGGAGGAGGAGGAGGAGGACCUGGAGGACGACGUCUUUCCGGAGCACGCGCUGUGCGACGGCCGGGACCCGUUUUACGACCGGCCCCCCCUGUUCAGUUUAGUAGGAAGGGCCUUCGUGUACCUGAGCAACCUGCUGUACCCCGUGCCCCUGGUGCACCGCGUGGCGAUCGUCAGCGAGAAGGGCGAGGUGAAGGGCUUCCUCCGUGUGGCUGUCCAAGCCAUCUCAGCCGAUGAAGAGGCCCCUGACUACGGCUCUGGUGUCCGCCAGUCGGGAACUGCUAAAAUCUCCUUUGACGACCAGCAUUUUGAAAAGUUCCAGUCCGAGUCCUGCCCCGUGGUGGGGAUGUCCCGCUCUGGAACCUCCCAGGAGGAGCUUCGCAUUGUGGAGGGCCAGGGCCAGGGGGCAGACUCGGGGCCCUCAGCCGACGAAGUCAACAACAACACCUGUUCAGCGGUGCCCCCAGAAGGCCUCCUCCUAGACAGCUCCGAGAAGACCGCCCUGGAUGGGCCCCUGGACGCGGCGCUGGACCACCUCCGCCUGGGCAGCACCUUCACCUUCCGAGUGACCGUCCUGCAGGCGUCCAGCAUCUCUGCCGAAUAUGCCGACAUCUUCUGCCAGUUCAACUUCAUCCACCGCCACGACGAAGCCUUCUCCACGGAGCCCCUGAAGAACACAGGCAGAGGCCCCCCACUCGGCUUCUACCACGUCCAGAACAUCGCAGUGGAGGUGACCAAGUCCUUCAUUGAGUACAUCAAAAGCCAGCCCAUCGUGUUCGAGGUCUUCGGCCACUACCAGCAGCAUCCGUUCCCGCCCCUCUGCAAGGACGUGCUCAGCCCCCUGAGGCCCUCACGCCGCCACUUCCCUCGGGUCAUGCCGCUGUCCAAGCCAGUGCCCGCCACCAAGCUCAGCACGCUGACGCGGCCCUGCCCGGGGCCCUGCCACUGCAAGUAUGACCUGCUGGUCUACUUCGAGAUCUGUGAGCUGGAGGCCAACGGCGAUUACAUCCCAGCCGUGGUGGACCACCGUGGGGGCAUGCCGUGCAUGGGGACCUUCCUCCUCCACCAGGGCAUCCAGCGACGGAUAACGGUGACACUACUGCACGAGACGGGCAGCCACAUCCGCUGGAAGGAAGUGCGCGAGCUGGUUGUGGGCCGCAUCCGAAACACUCCAGAGACUGACGAGUCCCUGAUCGACCCCAACAUCCUGUCUCUCAACAUCCUUUCUUCCGGAUACAUUCGCCCGGCCCAAGAUGACCGGCAGUUUCUUGAUUCGGACAUACCUAGGACCUUUUACCAGUUUGAGGCUGCGUGGGACAGCUCCAUGCACAACUCUCUCCUGCUGAACCGGGUCACUCCUUAUCGAGAGAAAAUCUACAUGACACUCUCUGCUUACAUUGAGAUGGAGAACUGCACCCAGCCAGCCGUCAUCACUAAGGACUUCUGCAUGGUCUUCUAUUCCCGCGAUGCCAAGCUGCCCGCCUCGCGCUCCAUCCGAAACCUCUUCGGCAGUGGGAGCCUUCGGGCCUCGGAAAGUAACCGUGUGACCGGCGUGUACGAGCUCAGCCUAUGUCAUGUGGCGGACGCAGGCAGCCCAGGAAUGCAGCGCCGACGCCGGCGAGUCCUGGACACGUCCGUGGCCUACGUCCGGGGCGAGGAGAACCUGGCGGGCUGGAGGCCCCGGAGUGACAGUCUCAUCCUGGACCACCAGUGGGAGCUGGAGAAGCUGAGCCUCCUGCAGGAGGUGGAGAAAACCCGGCACUACCUGCUCCUGCGGGAGAAGCUGGAGACCGCCCAGCGGCCUGUCCCGGAGGUGCUGUCCCCGGCCUCCAGCGAGGACUCCGAGUCCCAUGGCUCCUCCAGCGCCUCUUCCCCACUCUCAGCUGAGGGCCGCCCCUCGCCCCUGGAGGCUCCCAACGAGAGGCAGCGGGAGCUGGCCGUCAAGUGCUUGCGCCUGCUAACGCACACGUUCAACAGAGAGUACACGCACAGCCACGUCUGCGUCAGUGCCAGCGAGAGCAAGCUCUCCGAGAUGUCUGUCACCUCACUUCGGGACCCACCGAUGUCCCCUCUCGGGCCGGCCACUCUCACCCCCUCCUCCACUUGCCCCUCCCUGGUUGAAGGGCGCUACGGUGCCACUGACCUGAGGACCCCACAGCCCUGCUCCCGGCCGGCCAGUCCAGAGCCCGAGCUGCUGCCAGAGGCUGACUCCAAGAAGCUCCCUUCCCCUGCCCAAGCAACAGAGACAGACAAGGAGCCCCCGCGCCUGCUGGUCCCUGACAUCCAGGAGAUCCGUGUCAGCCCCAUUGUCUCCAAGAAGGGGUACCUCCACUUCCUGGAGCCGCACACGUCGGGCUGGGCCAGGCGCUUCGUGGUGGUGCGGCGCCCCUACGCCUACAUGUACAACAGCGACAAGGACACCGUGGAGCGGUUUGUGCUCAACCUGGCCACCGCCCAGGUGGAGUACAGCGAGGACCAGCAGGCCAUGCUCAAGACACCCAACACGUUUGCGGUGUGCACGGAGCACCGUGGCAUCCUGCUGCAGGCCGCCAGCGACAAGGACAUGCACGACUGGCUCUACGCCUUCAACCCCCUCCUGGCCGGGACCAUACGGUCCAAGCUCUCCAGAAGGAGGUCUGCCCAGAUGCGGGUCUGAGCUCUCCCGUGACAGCCGGCAGGCUCAGCCUGUCCCACCCUCGUCCCUGUCUGUCCUGUUACCUGCCGCCCUGCCCCUCCCCUGCCAGACAGCCCACGACCGGGUCGACCCCCCAGGGGACACCCACGCCAGGCCCGGGACCCGUGCCACACGACCAGCUGUGCUCCCAGCAGAGGCUGCGAGUGCCGUGUCUUCCUGUAGAAGGUGCUCGGGGUGGAACACGCUGGGAGAGGCUGGGGGGCCGAGGGCACAGGUCACGGGGGUUCUUGCUGCCGUUCUAAUAUUUUUUUAAGCAUAGACAGACUUAUAAUUCAUAUACGUUAGUUAGUGACGUUGAAACAGUCCACUUGGAAAUUAACUAUGAGA